AUGCCUACCGCCGUGCAGAAGUCACGCACAUCACGUGACAAGAUGAAGCCGCCUGCUGCUCGAAAGCCCGCCUUGUGUGCGACACAUUCAGCUCUCUAUCAGCAACCGCAGAAUAUGAAGGCUUUACCACCGCUGCCUCUGGCGAAGCUCUUCUCUGAUGCUGGCCUCGGCAAAUCUGAUGCUUGGCAGUUGAGAGCACCCAAGAAAGUCGACCCUGUCCUCACACUGUCGUACGAGGAACGAUUGCACUUCUCUCAGCAAGUCAAAGAUCCUCGUAGGAUUACAUCUGAACACCCUGCCGUGGAUGAUCCGAAGGUCAGGUUUCUGAAGACGGAUCUGGAGUCAACUGCGCCCAGUGUGAUCAGCCCUACCUUCAUGAUUGGGUUACCAUGUGGGGAGCUUAUCGAGGCAGCGCACGUGUAUCAUGACGAUCGGAUCAAAAAGCAGAGAGACUCUGUCACGGAGUAA